UGGUGUUGAAAGAAAGAAAAAGGUUGGGAGUGUGAGCAGUGAGCAGUGAUAUGGGGAUGGGGCGCUGCACAUACUCAACUCUCUAGCUCUCUAGUCCUGGAAGCUAUCGUCAUUGGUCACCUAAGCUCAGAAAUAUAUCUACUUGUUUAUUCUAUAAUCAAUGUUGCUUCUUUUUCCACACUAACACACUUGCACUUGCAACAAUGAUACUCACUUGUCAACACCACCCUUUCCCACACUCGCUUUCUUCAACCCACGCACUCUGCGCCACAAAUAGAAUCUGCAACCUCUCUCUCUCCUUCUCCCUCGCAACCUCAACCUCGCGCCCGCUCCACCUCACUCUCGCCGCUCACCGCUUCAAUUCCCUCACAGUCCGCGCCGACUCCUUCCACCUCCCAUCCCAACAACAUGUCGCCGCCGAUUCCAAUUUCGACUCUCUCCUUUCGCUCCUCGAAAUCUCCUGCCUCCUCUCUUCCGCCCUCGUCUCCGCCGCCGCCCUCGCCUUCGCCGCUUCCAAGAAGGACCUCCUCGCGGGGAUCGCCGCCAGAGGCGCUCCGCUCGGCGUCGCGAUGCUUGUUUUCGGGGUUUCGGUCGGCGCCUGGAUUCGGAGGCGCCAGUGGAGGCGCGUGUGCGUGGAGACGGGGAGGGGUGGGACGGAGGUGAACUUGCUCGAGAGGAUUGAGAAGUUGGAGGAGGAUUUGAGGAGUUCCGCGACGGUUGUUAGGGUUUUGUCGAGACAGCUCGAGAAAUUGGGGGUUAGGUUUAGGGUUACGAGGAAGGGUUUGAAGGAUCCCAUAGCUGAGACUGCAGCUCUGGCGCAGAAGAAUUCUGAGGCUGCUAGAGCAUUAGCAGUGCAAUCAGACAUUUUGGAGAAGGAACUUGGUGAAAUUCAACAGGUUUUACUAGCAAUGCAGGAACAACAGCGAAAACAACUUGACCUGAUUCUUGCAAUUGGGAAGGCGGGUAAGCUAUGGGAAAGCAAGCAUGAAACCAGUGAACAACAAGAUACAUUAGAAAUGUCUAACUCAGCUGAGGAUGAGGUAAAAUCGAAGGUGCACCAAAUAUGAAGAUUGGGUUAAAAUAAAAGGAAAUUCCCAAAUUUUCGGAGUGGCAACACGUGGAGCAGUAUUCUUUGUUUUUUGCUGUGUACACUGAAUCAACGAUUGUUACACAAAAUCAAAGUUACCAGAAUUUUAUCAGCACAUAAAUAAUGAUUGUUUUUUUUUCCAGAGUAUCUCAAAUUUGCUGUGGAUACAGUACAGGUUAGAAGAGAUUACGCGAGAGUCAAGACAAGCUACUGUGGGAGAAUUUGUUGAACUAUGUCCAGUAGUUCUGUAGUAAAAUUUCAGGAACUUAUCUGUUGGUUCUUUGUGCUUGUGCAUGUAUUUUCAUUUCAAGUUUAUAAGCUGUUCUUCAUCAAUUUGCUUUCUUCAUGCUUAUGUUGGUGGGUUAAGGCUUGGUACAUCAUCUUUUUUUC